AGUCGCGAUCCAACCCGCGCCGGGCCCGCGCGUGUCCAUUUACCCCACACUCUGGACAGUAAAGCGAUUUUCCCUUAAAACUUGUCGGUUGUCACGUGGUCAUUAUGGUGGUUUUAAACAGAAUUAAACGACUGUAAGCGCCUUCGAGCCACAGAACAGCUGUCCGCGUAUGAGGCGGAUAUAGAUUCCAAGCACUAAGUGACCAGUAGCGCGUGAUGCGCUCGCGCUAGCAGGCUGGCGGGGUACGCGCGGCACGCGGCGUACGGCGGCGCGGCGUACCAUGCGCGCGCCGCCCUCCCGCUCAACGCAAAUGGCGAACCGAUCAAGUUGCCCGAAAACCUGGAGAGCCUGCCCCGAGCUGAACACUUCGCGGCGCAGCGACACCGAUGGAACACCAACGAGGAAAUCGCUGCCAUACUCAUUAGUUUCGACAAGCACAGCGAAUGGCAAUCCAAGGAGGUCAAAAUCCGGCCAAAAAGCGGCUCAAUGCUGCUAUACAGCCGCAAGAAGGUCCGAUACCGACGCGACGGCUACUGCUGGAAGAAGAGGAAGGAUGGCAAAACCACGCGGGAGGACCACAUGAAACUCAAGGUGCAGGGGACCGAGUGUAUCUACGGGUGCUACGUACACUCAGCCAUUCUGCCUACUUUCCAUCGACGGUGCUACUGGCUGCUCCAGAACCCCGACAUAGUUUUGGUGCACUAUCUGAACGUCCCUUACCCUGAUGACAACAAGCUGGCCACUGUGGCUCCCAGCUUGGCGUUGUGGGCUGACAAGAAGGAGUGGACAAAAGAUGAGCUGGUUAGCCAACUCAAGCCGAUGUUCUUCAGCGAAGAUGAGCCGGACAUCAAUAAUGAGUUGGAGAUUUCAGGCAAAAUGUUCCAGACGGCGGAGACGGUGGAAGCCAUAGUGGGCCAGCUGAUGGAGAAGCAACGAGCUGCCAGAGCUGCCGCUCUCGCCAGACAACUGGAGUGUGGCUGCCCCGACUCCACCUGCCAAGACUCCCGCACCUGCGCGCACCCUCUUCGGCGUAUCCAAGCGGCCAAACCACCGCCUUCAGAUCACCACGUCUCCUCCACCACCGGACCUUCGCCACGACCCAUGUCGCAACCCCCACGGCAGUACACCAGAGAUCACAGACCCACACAACAAACUGCCUCACCCCUACUAUUAUCCCUAGGACAAAUACAAGGAGGCGGAGGGCUACUAAUACUCAAUGGAGCCAGCAACGCCACGCAACAACACUCAUCACUAGUCUCACCAUUAUCAGUGACGUCAUUCGUCUGCGAAGAACCCAGAGAUAGGUAUCGACAACAAUACAAGCCCACCUUCGUACUCAAACGAGAAGUCCCAGACAGCCAACCGUCAUCGUGCAUCCGAAACUCAGAUUCAACUUACGAAGUCGAACAAGUCGAAGAGAAAGUUCAAGUAAACUUUGAUAGGAAAAUAAAAUUGGAGCCUCGGAGUAGGACCCAAGUUAUAGCUAGCGCCCCCGCAACCCCGUCUAGAUAUCCAGAUUUAGUUGAACGGUUAGAAAGUAAAGUUUUAACGGACUGUGAUGAUACGCUAGUGUUGCUAGGAACAGAUGGCCAUUUAGCGCCCUCUAGUGGAUUCUUUGACGAAACUUUAGAACUAUCACAUGAAGACAUACAGAAAACGCUAUCAGCUAAUAUGCCAACAUGUGAAUUGGAUAGAAGUGGAGUGAGAUCUACAGAAACGGCUAAUGUAAUGGUAUCAGGAAUAGACACUAUGGACUUUAUAGAAAGCUGUGAAGCUGUAGCAUCACCCACGCAUGUUGUGGACGACAAUGUUUUCGUGAAUCUUGACGCAUUUGAUAUGCUAGGAGAUUUCCCUGAACUAGAAGUAUUGGACCCCACUUCGAUAUCACAUAAUCCUGUGACUGUAAAUAUCAAAACGCCAGUUGAAGAACCAGCAGAGAAAAUGCAGACUGACUGUAACGAAGGUGCUCUGAGUAUCACGGACUACUCUCCAGAGUGGGCGUAUCCCGAAGGAGGAGUCAAAGUGUUAGUGGCGGGACCCUGGAGUGACACCACUGAUCAGUACACGGUGUUGUUUGACAAUUUCCCCGUUCCUUCGAUACUUGUGCAGAAUGGGCUUCUAAGGUGUUAUUGUCCUGCCCACGAAGCUGGCCUAGCAGCGUUGCAAGUAGCCCGAGGCGGCCGCGUAGUGUCCGACACCGUCGUCUUCGAGUACAAGGCCGGACCAGCUCCCACGCCUACGUCACCAGCUUCAGCGCCGCUACCAUCGCUGGACUUUAGACGGUUCACGUUACUCCAGCGCUUGCAGCGGCUACACGGGCGGCUGCAGAUAAAGAGUGAGCCUAUGGACGAGAAUAAUCAGAUCGAUGACGUCCAACUGUACUCGAACCCAAAAUUCGAGGAGCGUCUGGUAUCCUUCUGCCGAUCACUUAGCAAUCGCUCAGCUGGGACCUCUGAAGGUUUCACCACUGAACCUGGCGAGGAUAGCUCGUCAAUACUCCACCUGGCUGCGGCGUUGGGAUACACCAAACUAACCACCGUCUUAUUGAGGUGGAGACAAGACGACACAAGUCUAGCGUUGGAGAAGGAAGUCAAUUUGGGUGCGCGGGAUUGUGAAAACUGCACGCCUCUGAUGGUAGCAAGCGCAGCGGGCCACGUGGAGACAGCGGUGGUGCUGGCGCGGUGGAGCGCGGGCACGCGGGCUGAGGCGGGUGCGCGGCAGGCAGCGGCGGCGGCGCGGCGUGCGGGGCACGCACGGCUGGCCGCCAUCUUGGAUCGGAUACACCCUCCCGCCAGAGACGGGGUGUUCUUGAAGCCGCAUAGCCUAUCGCAAAAAGGUCGAGCGGGCAGUCUUGAAAGUAACUUGGUGAAGCGACCUUCGAUCGACAGUGGAAUUAAUAUGGCUGACGCAUUCCGUUCAAGCUCGGCCAUUGACAAGCCUGAUGGGAAAUCCUCUGCAAGAUGGGAGCGAAGCAUGUCACUCCCUUUAGACUCAGACAACUCCGAAGACAGUCUGGGAGACUCCAAGGUCGGCCGGCGUAUGGAUUUAGCCCUUUGCGAGACGGCGCCCGGCGCGGCCAGCCCGCUGAUUGACGUGGAGGCGCUGUCUGACUCCUCGUCCCGCUCCCCGCCACCGCCGCCGCCCGCAGGGGAGCAGGAUGACCGAGUGUUCACACUGGCGGAGCAGAUCAUAGCCGCGAUGCCAGAGAGGAUAAAGAACGAAAGCUCGUCGCUUCUCUCGGGGCUAGAGAAUGGCUCGGGUGGCGGAGAAGACACCCUGAUGGUGCCACUACUCGAUGACAGCACCACCUUUAGCAGCGAAUUCAGCUUUGAGUUCUGCGACAACACGUACAGAUACUGUGGAGGUUCGACUCCUUGUUCGUCAGGGUCGGUGUCCCCAGGGUCAGCCUUGUCCCCACCACCGCCGUCGCCCCGGCCCUUACCAUCAACGCCGUCAGCCACCUUGCAAGAGUUCCUGAAUGCCACCACGCACUUUUCUAGUCUUACUUUGAACGACCGUGAGCAACGUGAGUUGUACUCGGCAGCCAUAACAAUACAGAAGGCAUAUCGUCAGUAUCGGGGUAGGCAGUUGCAGAGGCGUGCCGCGGCCGCCGCCAUCACAAUACAGAACUGUUAUCGUCGGUAUAAACAGUUUGCAUAUCUGAAACAAAUGCACGCCGCAGCGACUGUGAUACAGCGCGGGUACCGCUCCCAUCGGGAGCGUCGGUUGGCUGCCACACCCGUCAAGAGGACAUAUUCGCAAAGGCGUCAAAAUCAAGCGGCGAGGAAGAUUCAACAGUUUAUGAGGCAAUCGAAAAUCAAGUUGCAGAACGCACGAGCCGAAAGCGCGAAGGUGGUCCAGCUGUUGCAGGAUGUCCACCGAAACUCGUCGCAGCUCACCACCAGUAUACCGCCCACGCCCAAUAGGGUUGUCGAUUACCUAGCACCGAGCUCGCCAAUGGACGCCGACGAAAAGUUGCUUCUGGAGCUGCUGUUCAAAAUGUGACCUGACACCUACACUUCGCCAUGUUGUGGUUCACUUUCACUUCUUUGGUUUGUUCUAUAUUAUCCCACUCUUCGAACGCCACGUAGAAACCGAUAUCUUAUAGGAAACAAUUUUGUUUGUACAAUCAAAUUGAACAGUAUUUUGUGAUGUAUGCUAGUGACUGGAUAUAUGUUCUAUAUUUGAAUUGAAGUGUAAGGAAGAGAUAUUCGUUUUUGGCAAUUUCAUUUUUAAAAAUUAAUCUUGAUAUCGGUUUCGAAUAACAUGUUUGGUGGUGCGUUUUAGAAAUAUUUCUUCAAACUUAAGUCAGCUUUCACAAAGUUCGUCAAAUAAUGUAGUAGUACCAUAUUAUAUUGCAUUGAGUUCAUGAAGUUUGUCAAAUGAAUUGGUACUUUCUGUUUAAGGUUUCCUGUUUGUAUCCUAGUCUGAAACAGGAUUUCUCUCAGAGUUGUGACAUGACUCAGGCCUUGUCUACAAUUUUUUUAAAGAAUUAUUUUCGAAUCGUAGCUGUAAUCUAUAAUAGAUGUAUUAGAAAAGUUUUGACUAUCACAAACGGUGUUAAUUUUUUACUUAACCAAAUCUCUAUUUAUUGUUUUACUUUUUCACAAUAUUUUAUUUUUCUGACAAAUGACUUGUUCAGAGUUUGCAUUCCAACUUUUGUUUUAAACUCUUCAGGUCAUAGACAGGGUUAUAUUUAGUAUAAAUUUUAUCGUAUUUGUAUUAUAUUUUCAUAAAGUAUUUUUGAGACGUUUGUUUAGGACAUUAUAUUUUUGAAAACUCUAAAUUGGAUGUAAAGUAAUUUACAAAGAUCGGCAUUGUCGGAUGUUUCACGAAAAUUUGGUCAUGAAGUUUUUCAAAAUCAGUAGCUGACGUUUGGAUGUUGCGAAUUCGAUUCUGGGAUUUGUCGUGGUUUUUCAUUUUUCAUUUCUCGAUGCGAAAAUAAUGAGUCAAAACUUGAAUUCUGAAUUCGUCUGGAGUUUAGUAGUAGGUUAAGUACAAAUUCAAAUUAUAAAUGCCACUGUUCUUAUAAAGUAGAUGCACCUAGCCUUUAAUACAAUAAAACCCGAUGAGCUGUGAGUAUUUUGAGAUUUUAUCGUAUUUAAGAGGACUAAAAGUAAUUUGCCGUUAGUUUUACUAUUGGUCGGGAGUCUACCGAAUAGUUUUAUUCCAGCCUAAAUAGGUUAAUUCUCUUUAGACACAGCGGAAAGCCUUAGACAUCAUCGAAGUUUUCUGAAGUAUUUUCCAAUAAAAUUCUUUAAACAAAAUUAUCAACUUUGAGAACCCCCGAGUUUGACAUUUUGCGGUCAGAUGUGAAAUGAACUUUUCGAAUGAAUACAUCUUUUUUAAUAUUCGCUUCGACUUUCAUCAGGAGCUAUAUUAAAAUAUACGUAUAACCCUAUUCAAGUUUCUGUCAUAUUUAAAUUGGGGUCGUUUAUAUUUUAUCAAAAUUUUCACCAUUUCCCUCAUAUAACCGUUGACGCAUUUUUAAUUUUUGAAUUAAUUAAGUUCACCUCUACCUUUGUAGUUAAUAUUGUUGACUAAUAUAUUUAUCUAAAAAUCUAAGUCAAGUAAGUUUGGCUCUUCUUAACAAUAACCUACUCAUAUUUCCAAAACCUACUAAGCAGGUGUUUCAAAAUGGCGGCUGGUUGAGAUGAUACACUUACCGUUAAAGGGGAAUGAGCCAAAUCGACCUUGUCUGUCCUUUCAGAGACCUAGUAGAAUUCAACGGAAUUUCUCUACCGACUAUUACUUUACUUGUAGAUAGUCUUUCGUUUUAGAUCCUCGAUAAAGCUACGCCGUACUUUUACAGCGUUCAUGAAGAAAUAAGGUUGUGCACCACUUAAAGUAUAGAAAAUAACUACCUAAAUAUUCCCCUUUUCUGAUUCUCUGAUAUUUUAACGUAGAAUAUAGUUCAUAGUUAAGACUAUAGGAGUAAUCAUAGCUUAACCAUAAGACGACAAGGCGCCGUCAAAUAUUUUCGAUUCGUAUUUUUAUAAAGCAAAAGUUACGAAUGAUUGCUUUGCUUGAGCAGGGCCAGAUCAGAUUUUAGUAUUUCGUUUCUGUAUCUUCUCUUUAAACGAAACCAUUUUCUAAGUUUAAUUAAAAUGUUAAAGAUUGUUUGAACAUUCCAAUCGUUUCUUCUUUUAUCCUGAAAAUUGUUUUUGAAAUUGACUUUGUACAUUCCAUUACAGAAUUCCUUCUUCUUGAAUUAAGAUUUUGGUAGGCCCAGAGUUGACAUAAGUAGGUGACGUCUGAUUCACUCUUAACGAUUUUCGAGUCGAAAGUUUGAAUAGAAAUGUAAAUCAUCAGCAGAACGUGUUCAAUGGUUUGAUAUGGUUAAGGGUGAGGCAGUGCUUUCAGAAUAUGACGAUAUUGAUGAAUGCCACGCAACACAGAUUGAGAAUAACCGUCCAGUCGUGGCGGCUUUUGCACCUUCUUGUAGUGACACAGCAGGAGCCGCGGAAUGGCUACAAGCGAACACAAACGGACAUAGAGAUGCGAUUCGCUUGCUAGGAACGGGGCACCCUGGGGCGCAAAUAACAUGUAUAUUUUAUAUUUUUGGAUCGCUAAUUUUAAGAUGUUAUAUUUAUAUAUCUAUAUGUAGUGAUGGCGGAUACGUAACCAGUAUUUCGAGAGUGUUGCGCCAAAAGUUUUGAUGUAUUAAUUUUCCAUAAACGUUUUCUCUCGUUUUAUUUCGAACGGAUAAUAGUUCGUUUAGCUAGUGGUCAUGCGUAGGUAUAUAUUUUUGGAUAGCGUGCACGAUUGCUUCACGAGCGCUGAAUAAUAUUAAUAUAUUAAUGGGUGGGGUCUGUCUAACUUCUAAAUGCAUUGGUUUCUGUAUCCACAUGAUUCUUUUUUCAAUUAUUACAAAAAUUAAAACAGUGUACGCAUAAAAGGCUGGUCAGUCAAAUUAUAUUAUCAUAAUAUGAAUAUUUGAUCACAGUAUUUUUAUCAACAUACAAUAAAUAUUAUCUAGUUCUGAAAGAAAACAAUUCAUUUUAGAAGUGGUCACUCCCCAGCCUAUAAAUAAUAAAGAAACGGGAAAAAAGUGAAAAUAAGUAAUAAAAAAAGUGAAUAUUUUUAACAGUAACGCAAACCUCUGAAAGCAAUAAUAUUUUUGUGGUGAAAUUACUCCGGUUUAUAUAAAGAGAGUAUUUUAAUAUUCCACGCGAUCGUCACACAUAGGGAAAAAUAUAGAACGCUUUUUAGUGCCACUGAAAAUGAGCUGCUUUCACUAACUGAUAAAGAGAAUGACAUGGGUAAGUACUUAACAAAUAAAUGAAUGAAAGAAAACGAAGAAUGCCUACAUUAUGCAGGUGAUUGUAACUGGCCGGAAAGUAUAGACUUAGGUAACGAUCAUGUUUAAAAAAGAAGAUGAGGACAAGAAUUUCUUGCAAAAUUUUGAGAGAUGAAACGAAACAACACCUGCGGAUUAUCAUUCUGAGAUUUUCUAUCCGAAAUGGGAAAAUAUUUGUUAGAAAAUCAUGCUUUUCCUUUGUGAUUCUCAACACUAAUAUUAUCAGCUAUAAGGAAGGAAAGAUGAGUAAUAUACAAGCUAUCUAAAGACUAAAGGAAUAAAAAGAUAUCUAAUUCAGAGGUGACGAUGUCUAAACUGACAAUGUCGAUAUACAAUGUCGUAAGGUCAACAGUUAGAUGCAUCUUUACAUCUCCAAUAAUAUACAUCUCUUUAGAACAUUUAGACAAUUAUUAUAGUUGGAUAAGGUAAGGUUAUUACCAGAAGAUCCAAAUGAUUCUUUUAAAUAAUGCUCUUUAUACGCCUUGUGUUGUGACUUUUAACCCUGUUCAGACGGAUUGAACACCAGAUACUAGUUACCGAAGUGAAUUUGAUUUGUACGCAUUAACAGUGAAAAGCAGCGCAUUUUCGGAAAGCCUUAGUAACUGACCACAGCUAAAAGAUAGUGCACUAGAAGUAGUCAUAGUUAGAUAAAUUACUACUUAUACAAUAUGAAAUAAUAAAAAAUCUUGAAAUCUAUACAUAGAAUUAAAAUUUAAAAGUUUAACUAAUACUUUUAUUAUAUUAUUAAGAAGCUUGUUCACACAUUUUAACUUCAUAUUCAGUAAGUACCUAUUUCUAAGACUAUGAUAAAUGUUAUGGUACUGGGAUGGAAGUUGGAAGUGAGAGGGAUUAUUCGGUCCAGACAUUCGAAUAUUGAAUAUACGGUCGAAUUUGUGGACCGUAUAUAUAUGUCCCGAAGAGAAUAUGGACUUCUUUUUUCGGGUGGGCUGUAGUUUUACGCUGAAAAAUUAUCAUGCCAAAGGCGAGUUUUUUUCAAAAUGUGAUAUAAAAAUGGCAAAACGUUGAGUUUAUGCGUGUAAUUGUUUAGGGUAGACACUGUUGGUUUUCAAAACGUAUUUAUGAAGGGUGUGUGUUGUGGGAAAAUCUUUAACAAUUUAAGUAUUUUAUUAAUUCAAAAUUGGAAUUUAAUAAUUAUUAUUGGAUUAA